AAAUUGUAGUGCAGGGACCAAAGAUAUCGAUUGAAAAGUCGACUUCUGGACUAUUGUACUACAUUCCAAACAACUUCUCUCAUCUCGUGUGAAUAUUUUCCUGCAAGUUCGACUCGAAUUUUAUUAUACAUUUUAUCAAAGGUGAAAUACACUGAUUAAAUGGCUGCACAGUUUUUCAACCGUAUCGGACAGUUGGGUCUUGGUGUCGCUGUCCUUGGAGGAGUGGUGAAUUCGGCAUUAUAUAAUGUUGACGGUGGUCACCGGGCUGUCAUCUUUGAUCGCUUCACAGGUGUUCAACAAGAGGUAGUUGGCGAGGGUACACAUUUCUUCAUUCCAUGGGUACAACGGCCCAUCAUAUAUGACAUCCGAUCCCAGCCAAGAAAUGUCCCCGUCAUAACUGGCAGUAAAGAUUUGCAGAAUGUCAACAUUACAUUGCGUAUUCUCUAUCGUCCGAUUCCGGACCAAUUGCCGAAAAUUUAUACAAUUCUUGGCCAAGAUUAUGAUGAAAGGGUUUUACCAUCCAUUGCACCUGAAGUUCUCAAAGCUGUGGUUGCACAGUUCGAUGCCGGUGAAUUGAUUACCCAGCGUGAGAUGGUGUCCCAACGUGUAUCAGAAGAAUUAACUGAACGCGCAAAACAGUUUGGCUUUAUACUUGAUGACAUUUCUCUCACACACUUGACCUUUGGCCGGGAAUUCACUCUGGCUGUCGAAAUGAAACAAGUUGCACAACAAGAAGCAGAGAAAGCACGUUUUGUGGUAGAAAAAGCUGAACAACAGAAAUUGGCUUCCAUAAUUUCCGCUGAAGGAGAUGCCUCUGCUGCAGGUCUUUUGGCUAAAGCAUUUGGAGAAGCUGGUGAUGGUUUGGUAGAGCUGCGUCGUAUCGAAGCAGCUGAAGAUAUUGCCUACCAACUUUCUAGAUCCCGAGGCGUCGCCUACUUGCCUGGAGGACAGAAUACUCUUCUCAACUUGCCAUCUUUGGCGCAGUAAACGAAAUUUCUACUUGGUUUUAAUUAGCAUUAAAUAAUAUACGGUUACUUGUUUGUUUUUACAUUAUCUAAAAGUCAAAGCGUGGUUGUCCCGCUUUAGAGCAAUAAUAAUAAGUGAAAGGUAUUUCCAAGUUUUGUUAUGUGGAAAUUCAACAA